AUGGCCUUAGGAGACCAAUUCGUUGACAUCGACUUGCACUCAGCUGGGGCUACAAUAGAGCAGGCAAGAAGACAGCACAUCGUGAAGUAUUCCGUGCAGGGUAUCAUCGGAAUGCCAUGCUCAACUCAGGUCAAGUCUCCCCAAGCUUCCUCUCCAGUUCAUCUUAAGACCUUCACUCGUCCCUUUUACAACACCACGACAACGACUACGCAAUCGACCACGAAGACAGAUCCUAAGACUCAAGCCACAGCCACAGGUGCGCCAAGUGGCAUUGAUCCUGUGGCAGUCGCAACUUGCCUCGGUGUAUUGGAAAAUGCUUGCGCAACGAACCGUUCACAGACGACCUUCGGUCAAUGUGAUUCAUUGUUUGUGUUCUUCUAUUGUGAAUUGACUGACAUGAUGGCGUUUCGCGGUGCAAUGAAGCUCGAUGAUGAUGGAACGAGUUUAGUCUGCCCGCCAAUGAAGAAGUUUUGUUCAAGAGCUAUCCCAUUGAACCGAAUUCCUCUUGCAGAUGUUAGUCCUUGA